UACAAAGCAUACCAUUCAUACCGAUCGGACCUCUAAAUUGUCUUCAAAUCCGUUUUCAAUUUUGUGGAUUGUUGCAGAUAAGUAAUGGAGCAUUGAUCUAUAGGAAAAUUCGUUGAUUUGACGGCGGAUCCAUUCGAAAGCAGAUCUUAAAUCAAUACCAAUAUUGUAUAUCAAUACGGAUCUGAUCUAUCGGUUUCGAGUAAUUGAUGGCAGGGGCGGCCUCUGCGCUGUUCCUUCUGGACAUCAAGGGCCGAGUUCUGGUGUGGCGUGACUACCGUGGCGAUGUCUCUGCAGUCCAGGCCGAACGUUUCUUCGCUAAACUCAUAGAAAAAGAGGGUGAUCCAGAUGCUCAAGAUCCUGUUGUGUAUGAUAAUGGUGUCACCUACAUGUUUGUACAACACAACAAUGUGUAUCUAAUGACUGCAUCGAGGCAAAACUGUAAUGCCGCUAGCCUUCUCCUGUUUCUACAUCGUGUAGUUGACGUAUUUAAGCAUUACUUUGAGGAGCUAGAGGAGGAAUCACUUAGAGAUAACUUUGUUGUAGUGUAUGAGUUGCUUGAUGAAAUGAUGGACUUUGGUUACCCUCAAUACACUGAAGCUAAAAUUCUCAGCGAGUUUAUCAAGACUGAUGCUUACAGGAUGGAAGUUUCCCAGAGGCCUCCCAUGGCUGUCACAAAUGCUGUGUCCUGGCGUAGUGAAGGGAUUCGAUACAAGAAGAAUGAGGUCUUUUUGGAUGUUGUGGAGAGUGUGAAUAUACUUGUCAACAGUAAUGGUCAAAUAGUUAGGUCAGAGGUUGUUGGGGCAUUGAAGAUGCGGACUUACCUGAGUGGUAUGCCUGAAUGUAAGCUUGGGCUGAAUGAUAGAGUAUUGUUGGAGGCACAAGGACGAUCUACCAAGGGAAAAGCUAUUGACUUGGAUGACAUCAAGUUUCAUCAGUGUGUGCGUUUGGCCCGUUUUGAAAAUGAUCGGACGAUAUCCUUUGUACCUCCUGAUGGUGCUUUUGACCUCAUGACAUAUCGACUUAGUACUCAGGUAAAGCCUCUGAUAUGGGUGGAAGCUCAAAUCGAAAGGCAUUCUAGAAGUCGUAUGGAAAUAAUGGUGAAAGCUCGGAGCCAAUUUAAGGAGCGUAGCACUGCAACAAAUGUGGAAAUUGAAUUCCCUGUGCCCGCUGAUGCUACGAAUCCAAAUGUUCGGACUUCCAUGGGAUCAGCUGCAUACGCACCAGAAAACGACGCGCUCUGCUGGAAAAUAAAAUCAUUUCCAGGUGGUAAGGAAUACAUGUUGAGAGCGGAGUUCAGACUUCCAAGUAUAAUAGACGAAGAAGCAGCCCCCGAGAGAAAAGCCCCGAUCCGUGUGAAGUUCGAGAUACCGUAUUUCACAGUUUCAGGAAUACAGGUUCGUUACCUAAAGAUCAUCGAGAAAAGCGGGUACCAGGCUCUUCCAUGGGUGCGAUAUAUAACGAUGGCCGGCGAAUACGAACUAAGACUUAUGUGAAAUGAAAUCAUAAUCCAAGUCCAAGAUCCAAAGAGUGUUUUGUAUUUAAUCUAAGUUGGUUUGUUUGUUGAACCAAAGUUCACUCCCAUAUUUUUGUAUUUGUUUUGAACAAUAUACUAGUAGAAACAUCUUUUUCUCAUGUUCACCCACAAAUAUUUUCCCACAUAUAAUACCAUUUUUUUCUU